AUCAGGUCAUUACAUAAAUCGUGCAUUUUCUACUGCUAUGGCCUACCAAUUUCUCGGCUCAUUCAAUAUCUCUCUCCUCAAUUUCUCGUACUCCGCCGUCGUCGCCGUCGCCGUUAACUUCACCAAUUUCUCUAUCAUCGUCAUUUGAUUUCUCAAUUGAGCGAUUUUUGAAACAACUAUGGGAGAUGUAAUUGACUUAACUGGUGAUGGUGGUGUUGUCAAGACUAUAGUAAGACGGGCAAAGGAUGAUGCUGUCAGCCCUACAGAUAACCUUCCUUUUGUGGAUGUUCAUUAUGAAGGCGUUCUGGCUGAAACAGAUGAAGUCUUUGAUAGUACACAUGAAGACAAUACUAUCUUUUCAUUUGAGAUAGGAAAGGGGAAAGUGAUCAAGGCAUGGGAUAUUGCAAUCAAAACUAUGAAGGUUGGAGAAGUGGCUAAGAUUACUUGCAAGCCCGAAUAUGCAUAUGGAAGCGCCGGUUCUGCUCCAGAUAUUCCUCCAGACGCAACGUUAAUAUUUGAGGUAGAGCUGGUGGCUUGCCGACCACGCAAGGGAAUAAGUGCUGAUGAUGCUGCCGGUGAAAGGGCUAGGCUUGAGGAAUUGAGAAAGCAGAGAGAGAUGGCAGCUGCAUUGAAGGAAGAAGAGAAGAAGAAGCGAGAGGACGCUAAAGCAGCUGCAGCUGCUCGUAUGCAGGCCAAGCUGGAGGCUAAGAAAGGCCAGGGUAAGGGGAAAGGAAAAGCAAAAGGAAAAUAGGUACUGUAUUCCUAGCUUUGUAAGAUACAAUAACAGAGUUCUUUUGAACCGGUAUUUUUCCAUGUAGGCCAUAACCAGCUAGAAAUAUACAUACAUAUUCAGUAUGAGAUAAUGUAAUAGACAUCUUUCUCGGUUAUGAUAUCUAUGCCGUGUAUGAGCUUCAAUGUGUAAUGCACUCGAGACUUGCUCAUUGAACAAGGUUAAUUAUUGAAGAAACAAUGCAGAAUGAGAAGAUUUGAUGGCGGUUGUGGAAGAUUACCCAUGCCAUCUAAUCCCCAACUGGUUUGAACUUCCAAAAUCCAAAUGGCAGUUCAUAAACCAUACUCAUACAGAUUAAUGUUAUUAAUCUUUGUUAUGUGCAAAAAUUUUGUGCGUGAGUUUGCAUUUUUUAUCCUGAUGAAUAUAGAUUUUUAUGUUCCUGGAUUC